CCUCACCGCCGUGGUCACUCUGAUGCUUCCCCCGAACAACCGAAGAAGCUGUGCAGGACUGCUAAUCCCUCUACCACCGGGUCUUGCUUUCUAUUCAGUGCGUCCUCACUCGGGAUCCAGUUUAAGAAUUCCCGCCUACGGCGUCUUCAAAAAUGCAAACCACCGGCCCCAGCAUGCUUUGCGCUUCCGCCGUACAAAAACAUGGCGGCGCCCACGGCUCCACCCUAAUCCCAGCAUGCACCGCAGAGUCGGUCCGGCCAUUCAGAUCAUCAAGAAGAUGGCAGGCUCUGGCGCGGAGCCGCAGAUCCUUGUACAGUACUUAGUGUUACGCAAGGAUCUAUCUCAGCCUCCUUUUUCCUGGCCCACGGGCGCACUGGUAGCGCAGGCUUGUCACGCCGCCACCGCAGCCUUGCACCUUCACCGAGACCAUCCGUACACAGCGGCUUAUCUCCAGGAGCUGGGGCGCAUGCGCAAGGUGGUUCUCGAGGCUGCUGAUGAGACCACCUUGAAGGAGCUGGCAGAGGCCCUGCAGCAGAAAAACAUCGACCACAUGCUAUGGCUUGAGCAGCCAGAGAAUAUUGCCACAUGCAUCGCCCUCAGGCCAUAUCCCAAGGAAGAAGUGAGCCAAUAUUUGAAGAAGUUCCGAUUGUUCAAAUGACUGCUGUUCUGGUAGAAUUGGAUGUCAGUUGGGUCUGGGAGCCAAAUGGCCUCCAUCCGGAUGAUUAUGGACUCCUUUUAAUGUUGAUGUGCUCUUCCCUUCCAGUUAUAAUGGUUUCUUAAGAGCCAGCCCAAAUUCAAAUUAAAGCCGUCAUUAACUAGUA